GAUGCCAUACCGUCCGCGUCAGGAACUCUGAAGCUUAUAGCGGCAGGCUAAUAAUGUUCACUAGCCGAAUUGCGCUUCUCCUCUCUUCUCGCCAAACCAACUCGUUAAUGUCGUAAAGGUGGAUUCCAAUGCUCCAGAGACAGAGAAGGUAGCGCACAGAGCGGAGGAGCCAUGACUCUGACGAGAGGGUCGUUCACCUACACCACUGGGGAGGAGUACCACGGGGAGUGGAAAGAAGGUCGUAGACAUGGAAUGGGCCAGCUGAAGUUCUCAGAUGGAACAUGCUACGCGGGACAGUUUGAGAAUGGACUGUUCCAAGGCUCGGGGGUGCUCCUCUUCCCAGACGGAUCCAGGUAUGAGGGGCAGUUUGCCCAGGGGAAGUUCCAGGGAGCCGGGGUCUUCAGUCGCUUUGAUGGGAUGAAGUUUGAAGGGGAGUUCAAGAGUGGACGUGUGGCGGGAUAUGGGUUACUGACGUUUCCAGAUGGGAACCAUGGUGUGCCGCGUAAAGAGGGCCUGUUUGAGAACCACAAGCUGCAGAAGAGGGAGAAGUGCCAAGGGGUGGUACUGCAGGCACAGGGAGCCGCCUCCACCGCCCGCAGUCUGGCUCUAUGACCCUGCAGACACCCCAGACCCCACCAGGACACUAUGAGGAGUGGCUAGCCGUUCAGCAACUGGACUCCUUUUAGAUCCAAAAUGGUGGAACAAUGGGGCUCAACCAUGGCCAGGGUACAAUGUCCUCAUACAGGCACUCAGGGAUGAACAACAGGGUUAUGCACCAGGGUUGUGGUCAAUUGUAAAUUGAGUUGCGAAUCGGUCUUUAAUUCCAAUUCAAUUCUUGAAUUUGAAUUGGCCACACCCCACAGAAAGCAGAAUUUAAUUUGAAUUAAAGGAAGUAGAAUUUAAUUCAAUUUAUUUUAUUCAAAUUCAAAUGUCUCAUUUAUUCUACACAUCACUUGGCCUAUGCACAAUGUACAGUUACUAACACUAUGUAUAACAUACUGUAGGUUAAACCUAACAUGACCUCUUUGAGUUAUAAUCAAGUUAAUAUUUUAAAUGUGGUUUUCUUUGCAGUAAUAAGUUGUAUAUGCUUUUGGUAAAAUAUAUGUCAAAGGAAUGAAACGUUCAAUUUCUUUGAAUUGGUUUGAAUUAAAUGUCUACUUCCUUCAAUUCAAAGUCUGCUUCCUGUGGGGUGUGGCCAAUUUCAAAUUGAAUUUUGAAUUUCACGGCAUGAAUUCAAUUCUGAAUUGACCCCAACCCUGUUAUGCUCUCCCUGCCCUGUUCUGCCUUGGUGCCCUCACUAGGUUUAUGGCUCUAUACUACACACCAUUUUGUGUUUUUUGUACACCGUUAUGGCUCUUCUAUACAUAGACUUCUGCUAUCACCUCAACAAGCGACGUAAAGGGAAACUGGGAUGCCUUUCAUUGUGUGGAACUGUGGUUGUGUGAAUUCACCCAGAAUAUACCUUGGAUGGACAUGGGCAAACUAAAUGCCUGCCUGCUCUGCUAGGAGGGGCUACUGACUACACAGCCUUGGGAUUGGUCUCUGUGUUUGUCAGUCAGGACUAGCAAAGUUCAGCAACAAAAAUUGGGACCAUAACAUAAGCCUACAGUGUCUGAAAUGUAAAUAAUUAGAACUACAACAAUGACCGUGUUUCUGCAAUGAAACCCACAACACAAUCACAGCAUCUCACCUUAGAACAGGAAAACACUGCUUGCUGGCAAUCUUAAUUCCAUACUUCAUCUGAUGCCUGUUCAGGUCAGGAGGUUGCUUAAUGUUACUGAACGUGACAAUAGGAUAACGACAGGUAUGAUUGUUAUUCAAGUAGAAUGAAAAGUAUCCAAGUAAAUUAGCUGUUACUUGUUCUUUAAUCUAUGUCUUAAUGCAUGUGUGUGGGAGCCUGGCAGGCCACAUUGUUCUCUUUUGUCUUGAAAUAUCUUUAUGACAGGGCUGUUCAAUUCCAGUCCUGGAGGGCCAAAACGCGUUAAAAUGUUUUUCUUCUAACUGGUAGUUAAUUGUACUCACCUGGUAUCCCAGGUCUGAAUUAGUGCGUUAUUAGACGGAGAGGAUGAAAACCAGAAGUGUUUGGCCCCUCUAGGACCCGCAUUGAACAGCCCUGUUUUAUGAUAACACUGACAGGCUGCUUCUCAGGUUAGCACUCGCCCCCCAGUCUUGGUCUUGACUCAAACUAAAUUUGCUCCGGUCUUGAAUCGGUCUCACUUUAGGUCUCGAACAAAACAUUGACCCCGCAGAUGUAUUGUUUUGACAACGUGAAAAUGUCCCAAAACAUGAUUCAUUUAUUAUUCACUAAUUAGUGGUUCUCACCUACAACAUUAAGCUGUAUGAUCGUAAUGAAAAUGCAUUAUUUAAAGAAUCAAGUAUUUCAUUUUUCAGCUAUUGAUCAAAUAGGCAUCGCUCUGGUAAACUAGUCCUAUACUGAGAUUUAUCUACAAUAUGUGAAUAAUGGCACUAUUUAAAGAAUCAAGCGUUUCAUUUUUCAGCUAUUGAUCAUAUAGGCAUCGCUCUGGUAAACUAGUCCUAUACUGAGACUUAUCUACAAUAUGUGAAUAAUGACCUAUUGAUAUGUUUGUCUUGUAGGUCGAACACACAUUUCCCGUUUGCCUUAACAGGGUGUGUUGGAGAAAUGGUCUAAACAGGGGAACUGUUCAUUUGAGGAGGAUGAAAAUUCAUAGAAGACCUCCUUCCUCCCCUCUAUCAUCCUCUUCUUCCUUUCCCUCCUCCUCUCUCAACCUCUUCUACCCUCAUCCCUCCUCUCGUCCUCCCUCCAUAACCCCUCCCAUCCUCUUCCUCUCCUCCCCUCUCCUACCGCUCCAUUUGCCCUGAGGGUGCAUCCAGGAGCCUGACAUCCUAAUGAGGCUCACACACACAAAAUACUAUCCUCUGUGACACAUGCUGUGGUGAUGACGGGAUUCAACACAAAUUAUUCUGAGUCCAGUGUUUUUCCACUCUAACAUUUGAAAGGAGAGAGUAGGUUCAACAGUAUGAUUUUGACAGGCAUGAAUCCUUAGUUGCUACAUCAUUGAUUAUUGAUGAAUAUAACUUAUAAAUGCCUCGUGCUUAGUUUAACUGUCAGAACCCAUCAUAACCCAAAUAUACACUUGUUUUACUGUAAUGUUUAACGUACAUGUAAACAAACACUGUAUAGCCUCAACACAUAGUUAAAAUUAUACAUUUGAUAUCAUGGAUGGUCAGUCCUUGAAUCCAUAGCGCUGUCUAUGAAUUUGAGAGUGAUUACAUUUCUCCAGACCCUCCCUUAGCUUUUUAGCGAAACGGGUGGGGAGUACGCUUUGUUAUUGUUUCAAUGAAAGAGUCUAGCUUUAAAGAAAUGGAUAGAGGGAAAUGGGAAGAGUGAACUCGUGCACAGUCCGUAUACUUCUAAAAACCAACAUAUAACAAAUGCAACAUUUCUGUCACAUAGGCUAUAGGCCUUUGUCAAGACAUGAGGGAAGGACAUGGUUGAUCCGAUAGCAGGCUGUUUAUUCUCUAUGGUGUGUAUUGCUUUACAUGUGUAUCUUACAGUAUAUCUCUGCUAGGGGACAAGUGACACUUUAUAGGCUAGUGGCACUUUAUUAACCAUUAGUUACACACCUAUGAUACUUGUCAUUAUUAGUCAUAGGACGGUUGGUAUCUGUAUUCUGUGGGGUUGAAUUGUAUUCUACUAGGAUUGAUCAUGGCUAUAGUGUGAUGAUCCCAAAUGAAUCCAUUGUACGUUAACCGUUUACUCUGAAGGAGUAAAUAUAUGGUUUUGUCGGUGGAUAACUAGAGCCUUUACUAAAGACAAUGGAAUGAUUAGAUAAACAGAGGAUUUGGGAAGCAGACGUGUCUAUAAUGAGACCAUCAUUAUCAGAAAUACACUCCGUCUAUAGUGGUCUCCUCUCCUUCAUCCCAAUAGUCUAUAGUGGUCUCCUCUCCUUCAGCCCAAUAGUCUAUGGUGGUCUCCUCUCCUUCAUCGCAAUAUUCUAAAGUGGCCUCCUCGUCUCCUCUCCAUUUUCACUAACUGUAAAUACAGUGUAGAAGAGAGCAAUAUGGUGGAGACCUAAUAGGAAAUAGUUUUGAUCUGUGCCAGUGCUGUUCUUUCCUGUCAGAGCAGACGAGGUUCAGGAGAAGAGAAGAAGAAGGAGACGUAUAAGAUAUGCAGUAUCAAGUAUCAUAGUUUUAGUGUGCUUGUGUAAAGUUGAAGGCCAUGGAGCGACCUUGAUGUUUAAUGAUUGAGGACUAUGGUAUGACAUCAUGUGGUCAACUUGGCAUAUUGCAAGACAGAAAAUGAAUUCUGAAAUCUGCUGUAUUUUAUUUGUAAUAAGCUUCAUGUGUGGAUGUUAGGAGGACACUAUAUGGUAAGUUAUACAUAUGCAGUUGAUUUAAAGGUUUGCUAAGCUAAAUAUAUUACUGUAAUUAUUAAAUAACAUUGGCAUACACACACGAUCUGAUAUACAAAACCAACACGCUUGGAUGCAUCUUUUAUGUACAUAGUCCAUACUCAACAUACUGUCACUAUGGCAAUGAUGUCCCCCGAGGGCUCAGAGGUCAAAGUUUAACCUGUUAAUAUCAUCUAGGCAGGGACAUAUUCUGUCAGGUGAGGAUUACUAAUAAUAUGAAUAGCUUUAUCUUUAAGGUGCUUUUCAGGCAUUGCACUCAAAUCGAUACCAUUGUAGUGGUUGAGGGAGAACCUUUGGAGUGGGGCUUGAACCAACAACCCUGCAGUUAUCCAGACCUAUUGGCAAAGGUACAGUGAACUCAGAUUCAGAGGGCUUAUACUAUUGUUACUACUGCCUUAAGCCCUUCCACUAUUCAGAGACACACGUCCAUGUAAUCAAACCAACAGACAUCUGACCGCUCUAUCCCUGAGCAAGAGAUCGUUUUCCCUCCGGCAGGACUGUACGUAUGAUGACAACAGGAAAAUAUCUCCACUGAACCCACUGAAGUAUGUCCACACAUCUCUAACCCAAUCCUGGGGUUUAACAAAGGAAAAAACAGCCAUCCCAACCAUCCCAUCCACCCUUAGGGUACCACAGAGACAAUAGAACCAGUGUUUAAUAAACAUUGUCUGUAACUCUAGCCUCUGUAAAAAUGAACCGUUUUUCAGUGACCUUUAAACGCAGAACAACUGCUGAUGGACAGUCACUUUUAAAAUGACUGUAAUAAUGGUGGAGGAUGAACCAAAUGCAGUGUCAAAUCAAAACCUAAUGCUGAUAUAAAGCUAUGAUGAUGCAAACAACACAUGGGCCUACUGCAUUGGUAGCAUUUUCAUCUGCUCAUGAAAUACCGCGCAUAAAGACUUUUAACAACAACAACAACAACGCACUUGGACAUACAUUUGUACGUAAUUUGUUGAUUUAAUAUCCUCAUGGAUGGUGUAAUGUUGGAGAGCAAAGCCAGCAGUGAAUGUACUGUACAUCUUGGAUUCUCAGAUGGAUGAUCUGCAAUUUACAUUGAAUAUAUGGUGACUAGCCUAUAUGGCAAGAUAGUGUCCCCACUCGGCACAGACUUCAAUUCAACGUCUAUUUCACGUUGGUUCAACAUAAUUUCAUUGAAAUGACGUGGAAACAACGUUGAUUCAACCAGUGUGUGCCCAGUGGGUCACUCUAAUGCAGGAACACAGCUUUUCAGGGUUUCUAAAGCGCUUUAGGAGAGAAUCGUCAAUGAGCUGCUUUUUUAAAGUCCAAAGUAGGCUAAAGGUUUGAACAAGUCACCAGCACCACAUUGCUCAGCUGAAAGGACUUGUGUUUUCAGUGAAAGCAGAUGACAUGAAAGCAGCAGUCUCACCUUCGCUGCUAUAACGGUACACAGAACUAAUCUCAGAACUUUAGCCUUUCGUGUCCUAGAAAGACACACUGAACAUGACACAUGAAUCAAAUACCAUUUACAUAAGGGGCAUGAGUAUAUAGGAAAAAUAUUAUAUAACACAUACAGUAAGUAAAAGUGCUUGGUUUAUGUUCCUGAGAGCCAUGCAGACACUAGGAGAGUUGAGAAUAUAACUUGUACGAUCCUGUUACAUCAUAUAUAACCAGAAAACAAGAUAAUGAGAGUUUGCUAUGACUGUGGGUCUGCAUUGAAAUGACUUGAUCAAAUAUAUGGUAGCCCACUGGGCACAGACCUCUCUUCAACGUCUAGUUUUGAUUUACAUUUGAGAGACACACUCUUAGAAAAAAGGG